CUCCCCCGCCGCGGUCAGGUGGAGCCGCGGGCGCGCCGGGCCGGGGCGCCGAGCGCGGAGGUCGCCUCAGACCUCGCCUCGCCAGCGUGCUUAGUCCGUGCACGGCCGCCGCGGUCCGGCACCUUGGCCCCGCGGCUGCUGUGAUUUCAUUCUGCAGGCGCGGCUUGGCGCUGCCGGGCCCCGGGGCCGCCGGGCGUGCGAGCGAGUGCGUGCGCGCGCGAGUGCGCGCAGGGGUGGGGGCCGCUGCGCUCGCCCCCCGUCGACCCCCCUCUCCGCUCAGUUCCCCACACCUCCUCCCGCUCCCUCCUCCCGCCCGCCUCCCCUGCCCUGCCCGCCCCCGCCGCAGCUCCUUUAAUACACUUUGGUUCUCCGCCUGGCUUUGGACUCUUCUCCACCACCUCCUCCUCCUCCUUCCGCGCCUCCUCCGCCGCCGCCUCCUCCUCUUCCUCUCCGCGCUUUCGCUCCGCGCCUGGCCGCCCGAGGCAGAUCCAGGCGGCGGCGGAGGCGGCGGGCGCAGGAGCGCGGCUCCCGGGCCUGAAGCCGCCACCACCUCCGCCGCCUGCGCUCGGAGCCGGGCGGCCGCUGAACGUACCGCGCGCGGGGCGGGAGUUGGAGCCGAGGAGGCGCGGGGCUCGCCGGGGUCGGCGGGGAGGGCAGACGCGCUGGCCAUGCUCCUGGACGCGGGGCCGCAGUUCCCGGCCAUCGGGGUGGGCAGCUUCGCGCGCCACCAUCACCACUCGGCCGCCGCGGCGGCGGCGGCGGCCGCGGAGAUGCAGGACCGCGAACUGAGCCUGGCGGCGGCGCAGAACGGCUUCGUGGACUCGGCGGCCGCGCACAUGGGCGCCUUCAAGCUCAACCCGGGCGCGCACGAGUUGUCCCCCGGCCAGAGCUCGGCGUUCACGUCGCAGGGCCCCGGCGCCUACCCCGGCUCCGCCGCGGCCGCCGCGGCCGCCGCCGCGCUCGGGCCCCAUGCCGCGCAUGUCGGCUCCUACUCUGGGCCGCCCUUCAACUCCACCCGGGACUUCCUGUUUCGCAGCCGCGGCUUCGGCGACUCGGCGCCGGGCGGCGGGCAGCAUGGGCUGUUCGGGCCGGGAGCUGGUGGCCUGCACCACGCACACUCGGACGCACAGGGCCACCUCCUCUUUCCUGGCCUCCCGGAGCAGCACGGGCCGCACGGCUCGCAGAAUGUGCUCAACGGGCAGAUGCGCCUCGGGCUGCCCGGCGAGGUGUUCGGGCGCUCGGAUCAGUACCGCCAGGUGGCCAGCCCGCGGACCGACCCCUACUCGGCGGCGCAGCUCCACAACCAAUAUGGCCCCAUGAAUAUGAACAUGGGUAUGAACAUGGCAGCGGCCGCCGCCCACCAUCAUCACCACCACCACCACCCUGGUGCCUUUUUCCGCUACAUGCGGCAGCAGUGCAUCAAGCAGGAGCUCAUCUGCAAGUGGAUCGACCCGGAGCAGCUGAGCAACCCCAAGAAGAGCUGCAACAAAACUUUCAGCACCAUGCACGAGCUGGUGACCCACGUCUCCGUGGAGCACGUCGGCGGCCCGGAGCAGAGCAACCACGUCUGCUUCUGGGAAGAGUGUCCGCGCGAGGGCAAGCCCUUCAAGGCCAAAUACAAACUGGUCAACCACAUCCGCGUACACACCGGCGAGAAGCCCUUCCCCUGCCCCUUCCCGGGCUGCGGCAAGGUCUUCGCGCGCUCCGAGAACCUCAAGAUCCACAAAAGGACCCACACAGGGGAGAAGCCUUUCCAGUGUGAGUUCGAGGGCUGCGACCGGCGCUUCGCCAACAGCAGCGACAGGAAGAAGCACAUGCACGUCCACACCUCCGAUAAGCCCUAUCUGUGCAAGAUGUGCGACAAGUCCUACACGCACCCCAGCUCGCUGCGGAAACACAUGAAGGUCCAUGAGUCCUCCCCGCAGGGCUCCGAGUCCUCCCCUGCCGCCAGCUCCGGCUACGAGUCGUCCACGCCCCCGGGGCUGGUGUCCCCCAGCGCCGAGCCCCAGAGCAGCUCCAACCUCUCCCCGGCGGCGGCGGCGGCGGCGGCAGCGGCGGCGGCGGCGGUGUCCGCGGUGCAUCGGGGCGGAGGCUCGGGCGGCGGCGGCGCGGGCGGAGGCUCCGGUGGAGGCGGCGGCGGCGGCGGGGGAGGCGGCGGGGCGGGCGGGGGCGGCGGCGGCGGCGGCUCUGGCGGGGGCAGUGGGACGGCCGGAGGCCACAGCGGCCUCUCCUCCAACUUCAAUGAAUGGUACGUGUGAGAGGCCGGGGCCUCUCUCUCUCUCCCGGUCCCCACCCUGGCGCGGCAGCCCUCCGGUGGCGAUCGCCCAGGGCACCCUGUGACCGUGUUGUUAAAAUUACGAAUCUGAUUUUUAUGAUGAUGGAAACGAUUUUACCAGCAGAAGGAUUUUUUAAAGUUUUUUUUUUUUUUUUCUAAAUCUAAUCUAGGCAUGAAAAGCAAAAAGAUCCCUUCCGGAGUCUCUGAAGCUAAAAAUAUAAAAUAAGAAAUAAAAAAACCCAUAAAAAAAUUGAACCAAACUCUCCAUGCCUUCCCCCAUGCGCGCUUUCCUUCCCGCCCCUUUCCCAGGCUUCUGACAAACUGUACAUAGCGGACUCCUCCUUCCUUCUCCGACGUGGUUUUAAUGGCUUCUUGGUGUAUAGAAGUUUGUCCAUUUGUAAUUCUCUGGAUUGCGUUCCUCCUGCCUUUCUUCCCUUCCCUUCCCCAAGUGAUGGGCUUUUUCUUUUCUCUUUUUAGUUUCCCCGGUUUCUUUUUAAGUAAUGUGGAAGAAAAUGGUUUAUUUUGUAUUGUGGUAUUGAAUAUUGUGUUCCUUUUUAUGAGGCAACUUGAUUGUAAACUUCAUGCAACUAUAGACUGGAAAAAACAAGCCGUGCCAAAGUCUCCCUUCUGUUUCUUCAACAUGCUGAUCCACAGCACUCACACAUCACCACCACCAACGCUUGUGAAUGUAUUUUUCUGUUAGCUGGGUUUACAUGUGAUGUUUUAGUGCGUUUGCAAGUUCAAUUUGUUAGUUCCUGUAUGAAAGAUUUUGGUGGGGGGGGGAAUAAACGUCGUGCCGUUAGUUUUUUCCGUAAUAACACCCUUCCUUCUGUAAAUACCCGUUACCAUAUUUAUCCAUUUGUAAUUAAAUUAUGGUAUUAACUUGCUACAGAGGAAACAAUAUUUAUAAAGAAUGUUUCUUAACUAUAAAUAUGUACAAUUGUGGGCAUAAAUUGUUUCAGAUUUUUUAUUUGAAGGUUUUAAGUGGUUUGAUCAUUUCUUGUGAUAUGUUUUGAGAGUAAUGCAUACAGAAAUAUAAUAAAAUGUGUUGAAACUGCA